CUGUGCCAGUGUUUCGCUACAGAGAGAAACUCGAAUUGGCGAUGCAUUUGAAACAAAACGGACACAGCUUCGGUGUUCUGCUCAUUUACACCAUCACAACAAUAAAUCUCCAUCCAACAGGCUGGUGUAAACCCACCGCGCUCACCUUCCAAACGGUGCACGGAGGAGAAGAGGAGUGGAGGGAACUCCCUUACUCUGAAAACCUACAAGAAGCAACGACUGGAAAACAGAUUGGACCCACAAUGUCCACAAUGUCAUCUUCAAGUUUGAGAAACGAUACGAAGCAAAGCGAUAAUCAUAUAAAUGGAAAUUGCAGGGAAGGGAAUAUUACGCGUGCGGUCCUGGGAAAGUUUUACACCACAGGUCGACUUGAAGCAAACCUCCCUGCUACGGGCUACCAAUCAGAUGCUGCUGUUUCAGCCCAGAUCCAGGGAUCGAGGAUUGGAGUUGAACCAGUCAGCACCUUGGAGGAGAGUUGGCGGAAGCUGCAGCCUGUGGUGGCGUGUGGAGACGAAGGCAUGAGCCUCACUGUCAGGAGGAGACGGGCUGUACAGCUGCUGCUAGACCGAGAGAAUGAGUCAUCUGUGCCUCUGUCCCAGCUCCCACCACAGUGUGGUUACUCUGUUCAGGCCUCAUGGAGAGACCUCAGUCUGAUGGCUCAGUACGAUGCCUGUCACAUCACUCAAGAGGAUGACAGCUAUGUGUUGCCCCUGCUGUGGAUGGGGACUCCAGUUAUGGUGUCCUGUCCAGUCUCUCGGAUCACAUCUCAGGCCGUGGGACCGUCCUCACUGUGCUGCUCUGAUUAUGGUAUUGCUGUCAAAAUAAAUGGGCUGUCUGAUACCGACGAACUGAGGAUUAACGUGAGAGAUGAAUGGAUUCCUCUCUCGUCGUUGGUCAGGGACUGUGGUUACACUGUGGACGAACAAGAUACAGACGUUGUUAUCCAGACUCCUUAUGACACAUGUGGCAUUAGAGUAAAGGAUGGAAAAUAUACUGUUCCUCUUCAGAUAGGAGAGGAGAUCUUCACACUGACCUGUCCUGUCUCUCAUCCUGGAGAACCCGCUACCCCUCAGCCUCCUGUCGACAGCUUUCCACUUCCUCCUCCUCUAAUAAGGGCGGUAACAAAAGCUAUGCAAGCAUCCCAGGAGCCUUUUCGGUGGGCUCCACCUUUCUACCUGGCUCCGCUCUACUAUCCCCACCCCACAAAGCACUACAGUAAUACUAGUCCUGAUUUAAAAGAUUUGUACUACCCUCCUACUGCACCAUCACUGCCUCCUGAGACGCCUCGGCCUCUUCAUUCUGUUGAUUCCCAGCCGGACUAUCAGGUCUGCUCCUCCCACCAUGCUCCACUAAAGGAGGCUGUUAACAUUCACAGUUCUCUGUCAUCCAGAGAUGAAAUGGAUGAAACAAGCCCACUGUAUCCAGCUCAGAACCAAGACUCCCCUGUCUUAGAUCUCUCCGAGACGCAAAGUGUCACUCCCACAAAUUUUCCAGCUCAGGUUGAAGCUCCUCAUAUUCAACCUGCGAACUAUGAUUUCAAUCCCUACUACCACUACUAUCAUCACCCUAAAAUCCCUCUUCACGACCCAUCUCAAGACCUCGAUCCAGGUCCACAGCUUUCUGGAGAAGUGUCUCCGACUAAUUCUCAUGACCGUGAUUUUCUAGGGAGACUAUCGGCGGAGGAUCUCGGUCCUGUGCCGGUGUCUGACACCACCUCUCGUCCUAAUGCCCUUCCGACAAAUCCUAAAUUUGUUCGCAACCCCUCUGCACUCCAUACCACUCACCCUCCACAGCCUUACCCACACUUCUACCCCACCCCACAUGUUGCUCUGGGCAAGGCUAAAAGAUUGGAUCCUUUGGCAAAUUUGCCAAACGUUCAAUCGCUUCCUCAUCUACUAGUUCUUGAAGACAACACAAAUCCCUACACACAAGAUCCAAGCCCAGAUAUCAAAACUGAGGAAUACAGCCCAGAAUGUUCUGAUGAUGUAAAGCCAGAGCCAGGUGACGACAAAAGACGCUCAGCGCACCCGGUCCCUGUUUCGGAUCUACCCUCUUACCCAACUUCUCUUGACAAUCCUUACCACCACUACUACUACAACCCUUAUUACAACUACUAUCUGGAGAAUUAUGGACCUGAAGGUGUACUGAGCGCAGACAAGCGUACACAUUGCACUCAUGCUCGGCAUCCAUCCAAUCCCACACGUCCAACCAUAGCUCCACAAACAGAAUCUGUAUAUUAUGUCCAAAAUUCUCCUUUUCAUGCCUACUACUACCCCCACCUCUACAACCAGCCUGAAGAGCCCCAACACCAGCAGGAGCUACAACCUAGAGGCAGAAUGGACUCUUUUGAACCUUCAAAAUCUGAGUUUCCCUCAGACUCUCAGUACAACGGGGUGGAGUGGGUUAUUCAUGGCGCUGAGGGAGGGUAUGCCAGCAUUCCUCUGAAACACCACGAUCCCUCCCACAGCCUUGAUUCUCAUUAUAUCACCCAGCGACAUGCAUACGAUCCUUUCAAGCAACAAGGCGGAGUGGAAGCAGAAGAGAAGCCAGCCAAUGAAAUGAGAGUGCCUGACUCAGAGUCCACAGCUCUUUCCUUAGAGGACAGUUAUGUGUACUGCUGGCUGCAGAGGCAGACCCCCAAGCUGGACGUCUACAUUAUACUCUUGGAUGGAUGUGGACUAAAGAAACACAAGUUGGGUGACAAAGUCAGACUAUCAGAUGAAGAUUCUCACCAAGAUGUCAGCUCUGACAAGUCUGUGAGGUUGAUGGUGGGAUGUAAAGAAGAGGAGCUUCAGCCUCCUCUACCUCCAAUCCAAUCAACACCAUUCAUUGUCAGUCUGCGGCUGAGGAUUGCCACAGACGAGUCGUUCACCAGCUACCACCCGGAGGCUCACCUGCCUCUCAGCCUCAUCCAAGGCCGGCCGGUUUAUGUGGAGCUGAGUCUGCUGGACCCAUCAGAUCUCAACCUGGUGCUGCUGGUUCACUCCUGUGUGGCUUACACUCAGCCUCCACACGCCAGUUGGAUGCCUGUAUAUGACGGCUGUCCCAGCCAGGCGGGUUCACAGCUUCUUCCUUCUACAAACCCUCACCACAUCCAGAGGAUCUUAAUUUACAACUUCCUAUCGCUCCCCCUGGAGGGGUACCGUCUCCCAGGGGACCCAGAGAUCUACUUUUUAUGUCUGACACAAGUCUGCUCUGCUGCAGACAGCGAGUGCUCUGUAAGCUGUUUAACAGGUCCAAACAGUGAUGUGCAAUAA